CUUCCUCCCACACCACCCGCACAUCCGCACGCUCACUCUCAGCCGCGCCUCGCUAUUGCCACAGGCACAUCGCACUCCACCCACACCGCCUCGCAGUCGCCGCACAGGCAGCCCGCGGCCCGCCAUGGCGUCCGCCUCCUCGUCGCGCGCCGUCGACGCUACGCCGCCGCCGGACAGCGCCGAGGCACAGCUCGCUCGCACGCUCGCCACCGAUGUGUCGCUCGCAGAGGGCCUCUCGGGCGAUGCCGCCGCGCCGGCGUCGGCGUCGAGCAGCGCCGCCAUCGCCGGCCUGCCGUCGGCGCCCGUGGCGCAGUCCUUUGCCGAGCUCGACCUCUCGCCGCCGACGCUCAAGGCGCUCGCCGCCAUGGGCCUGGCCAAGCCGACCGAGGUGCAGGCGCGCUGCAUCCCGCCGCUGCUCGCCGCCAAGGACGUGCUCGGCGCUGCACAGACGGGCUCGGGCAAGACGCUCGCCUUCCUGCUGCCGAUUAUCGACAUGCUCGCGCGCCUCAAGUUCAAGCCGCGCAACGGCACCGGCGCCAUCAUUGUCUCGCCCACGCGCGAGCUGGCGCUGCAGAUCUUCGGCGUCGCUAAGGACGUCAUGACGCAGGGCGGCCACCACCAGACAUUUGGCAUCCUCAUGGGAGGUGCCAACCGCAAGGCCGAGGCGGACAAGCUCGGCAAGGGCGUGAACCUGAUCGUUGCCACGCCGGGCCGCCUUCUGGACCACCUGCAGAACACUCCCGCAUUCGUCUUCAGCAACUUGAAGACGCUCUGCAUUGACGAGGCUGACCGCAUUCUCGAGAUCGGUUUCGAGGACGAGAUGCGCCAGAUCAUCAAGCUGCUGCCAGAGAACCGGCAAACGAUGCUCUUCUCCGCAACGCAGACGACCAAGGUGCAGGAUCUUGCACGCAUCUCGCUGCGCCCCGGUCCGCUGUACAUCAACGUGCACGCCGACCUGCGCGCCUCGACGGUGGCGCGCCUGGAGCAGGGCUACGUCGUGUGCGACUCAGAUCGGCGCUUUCUGCUGCUCUUUACGUUCCUGAAGCGCAACCGCGGGAAGAAGAUCAUUGUCUUCAUGAGCAGCUGUAACGGCGUCAAGUACCACGGCGAGCUGCUGAACUACAUCGACGUGCCGGUGCUGGACCUGCACGGCAAGCAGAAGCAGCAGAAGCGGACAUCGACCUUCUUCGAGUUCUGCAACGCGCCGUCGGGCAUCCUGCUGUGCACCGACGUGGCCGCACGAGGGCUCGACAUCCCCAAGGUCGACUGGAUCAUCCAGUUUGACCCGCCGGACGACCCGCGCGACUACAUCCACCGCGUCGGACGUACGGCGCGUGCCGGCAAGGACGGCAAGUCGCUACUGUUCCUGCUGCCGUCGGAGCUGGGCUUCCUGCGCUUCCUCAAGGUGGCUAAGGUGCCGCUGAACGAGUACAGCUUCCCGGCAAACAAGAUCGCAAACGUGCAGGGCCAGCUGGAGAAGCUCAUCAGCAAGAACUACUACCUGCACCAGUCGGCGCGCGACGGCUACCGCUCGUACCUGCAGGCGUACGGCUCCUACUCGCUCAAGCGCAUCUUCGACAUCCACGCGCUCGACCUGGCAAAGGUGGCCAAGGCGUUUGGCUUCUCCGUGCCGCCCAAGGUCAACAUUGCCAUCGGCGCCGGGCUCAAGUCGGGCAACAGCGCGGCCGAGGGGCGCAAGCGCAAGGGCGCCGGCGCCGAGGUGGACGCCGACGAGGACGACGAGGACGUGCCGGUGGGCGAGGAGGAGGGCGAUGAGCAGCAGGGCGCGCGCAGCCAGAACAAGUCUGUCGACCGGCGGAGCUACAAGAAGCAGAAGCCCGCCAACGGCAAGCCGGGCGCCGAGGUGUACCGCCGCAAUGGGCCGUCCCAGCGCGGCGGCAAGUCGCAGUGGAGCCGGUGAUCGUGCCCUGCCCGCGAGCCUGUGUCUGUCUUCUCUCUGUAAUCUCACGAGUAUGUCACUGCUGCAUCACUGCCAUUGCUUUCACG